AUGGUUAUGAAUAACCCGUGGCUCCGUGAGAAAGAUAAUUGGUGGGUGCGUGGUCCACAAGUACAAGGUGUGCAUGAUCUUUAUGUUAAAGAUCUCUUCCUCCCUGAAGUCAAACAAUGGGAUGUGGGUAAGGUGAAUUUUCUUUUUGACCGUGUGGAGGAUGAAGCUAUUCUUAGAGUUUCCUUAGUGGAGGAGGUUGUGGAGGACAUGUUGGUUUGGCAAGAGGAGCGGAAUGGUGAGUAUAGUGUGAAAUCGAGAUAUAAACUUUGGAGAGGUGUGCAAAGUAACAUCCGACACUAUGGUAGUGAGGAAGAUGAAGAUGAGUGGCACGUCUUUUUCGGUUGCGUUUCUACUUCUCAAAGUUGGCGGGCAGCAUGUUUGUCAUCUAUAAUCUAUCCUCGAAUACAAACAUUUUAUGAUGCUAAGUCCCUAAUUUUUGACGUGUGUAGUCGAGAGGAUCGUAGGGAUGCCGGUAAAUUUGAUGUGUUGCUUGAGUCCUUUUGGAGAAGCAGGAAUGAUGUGCUUUGGCAAGAUGAUCGAGAAGAUGCUAUAAGAAUUGGUUUACAAGCCUAUCACAACUGGUAUGAUUGGUUUUUAGCUAGAAAUGAGCAUAAUGUGUGCGCAACCAGUAAUAAUUCAGUUGAUUGGAUUCCGCCUAUGAUUGAUCAGGUGAAGUGUAAUGUUGAUGCAGGUUUUAAUAAUGUUGGUGGUACUACAAAUAGAGGGUGA